UGUCCUGUAUGUAUGUAUAUACAAUGUGCAAUUAUUGGGAUCGGGCAUCGUAGUGUAUGUCCACGUUGUAGAACGGUGUCUUGAAAAAUCGUAUAAUCGUAGCUAAAAUCUAAAUCGUGGCCAUUCUCAAGCUUCUUUUCUUUUUUUCGAUUUUCUCGUAAGAUCUAUCCUAUCCAAGUUUUUUUUGGUGCGUACUUUUAUUCUACAAAGGGAUUUUAUCAUCUGUUAAAUCAGUUCAAAAAUUAAUUUAUUUUGUAAUGCGAUAAUCGGUAUUUAGAAUCGUCUUAAACGAGAAAGAAUGAUGCUUGCGAAUAUUGCAAGCAUGUGGGAUGCAAGAUGAUGUUUGUAUACAAAAAAGAUUACCUUCCAAACUUUUUACAAAACGUAGACAAGUCACAAGAUAACUUUCAUACGCUAUAAACAACAUCUCCGAUUAGACAAUUAUCGUUUGGUGAAGACUUCCUAUCAAGUAUUGUAUUUAAAAAAAGAGUUCGAGGGACAUGGCUGGUACCAUGAGACAGUUGGAGGAGCGUCAGCUCCCAGCAGAAGUGACGACGAUGCUGUGGUCACCAAAAAUGGAUCUUUUAGCAGUUAGCAAUGUCAAAGGUGAAGUCGUCCUUCAUAGACUCACAUGGCAGAGAGUAUGGUUGUUAAGCCCUCCAGAUGAAUCCGAUACCACUGCUCAUUUGGCAUGGAGGCCAGAUGGAAAGCUGCUUGCAGUAUGCUAUGGAAUUUCCAAGCUAUCGUGUCUUGUUGACGUCGAGACUAAAAAUAUUAUUCAUAAAACUAAAUUACCUACAAAUGAAAUGACUGUUUGUGUUAAGUGGUUAUCGUUGUCUAAUACUGAACAUGAAAGUUUAUUGACAAGUGAUAAAACUAAUAAACCUACAGGCGAAUACCUGCCACCUCUGCCUAGUUUAAUCAGAAGUUAUAGUACAGAACCUGAACGAAAAGAAUUUUUAUCCCAUACUCUAGAUAUGCUGUUUAUUGGUCAAAAAGAUGGUACAGCCUUAAUGUAUAUUUUUGGCAUGUUUUAUUGUGGCACCAUAACUGUAGGCCAUGGACCAAUCUUGCAGAUCACAGGUGGAUAUAAUAAUCCAAUAUGGAUUACAUGGAAGGAUAAUAACUCUAUUAAGACAACUAGAGUAUCUUGUCCAUUAUUUGAAAGAAGCACAGCAUUUCUCAAGGUUGCACAAACUCAAGCCAAUAUAGAAUGCUUGAAAGAUUAUCUCUCACGUACCUUGAUGGCCACAUGUGAAGCUUGGGAGACAAUACUCUUGGAAAUGGAUGAAAAACUCACAAGAUAUUCAGAAACAAAUCAAUCUGGUAUUAUGUCUGCAGACUUUUUAGAAUUAUUGAUGAUCGGAAUACCCACGAAAAAUUUAGAAACUUUUUUACUAAGAGAUCUCACAGAGAAAGGGUUAAAAAAAUUUGGACAUAGUAUCGAAAUGUGUUACAGUAACAUACAGAAACUAGUCUCAAAAAAUUUAACUAGUGUUGGUAUGGCCUUAGUUUAUCAAUUAUCUGAAUUAAGAGGAAUGGUAAGAGUAGGUGGCACAUAUGAAGCCUUAGGAUUACGUGAUGAAACACUCGUAACUAAUGCUAUAAAUGAAUCCGAGGCUUUCCUGGCAAAAUCUUACGAGAUCGAGCAAGUUAUAGAUCAAAGUAUGCGCAAUUACAAAGCAUUUUUCCGGUGGUUAUAUGUAGCCAUUCUCCAAUUAACAGAUGAAAGAGCACCAUCGGAAGUGAGUCGUGUGAGUCAGCAAGAAUUAACAUUUAUUGCAGAAUUUCUAAGUGACUUUGACAAGCCAAGAGCGAAUGGCAAAGUAAAUUUAGAAAAAUUGGGUCAAUAUUUGCGUCGUGAAAAUCUGCAGACUCCCCUGACUUCAGAAGGAAGCGAAUGGGCUGCUAUGCUCGAUACAACCGAUUGUUUGCGUAAUUACGCACAUAUAGUAAAACAAGAUUUUAAUUUAUCUUUAUUACAAUCUCAUGUAAAAUUAGUCGCUGCUGUAGAAAAUGUUUUUGCUGAAGCCUAUCAGAGUUUAGUUGAUCACUUUGUGAUGAACUCUGUUUCUUUACCAUUAUUUACGUCUCUCAUGUCUUCGCAAAUUGUAACAAACGAUGGAAAUCUUUUGUUAGCUAUGCACGAUAGUGACAGCAAAUUUUUAAAAAUGUUUAAUAUAAAGUAUUUACCUAUGGAACCUAUAUCUCUUGGUUCAAAGAUGAUCACAAUAGAUGUGAGUCAUAAGCAAGGAGAAUAUCCAAAAGAAAGUAUUGAUACUGUGAUAGUAGAUCUCCAGUUUUAUUCGCAAGAUUAUCUUAGCUUGCUUGUAUUAAAUAAACAAACCCAUGCAUCGUCCCUGAUACAAAUGCCUUUACAUAGCAUAUCUGUGCUCGAUUAUCAAGACAAUGAUGCAGUAAUAUCGAUAACCGAUUUCAUCGGUAUGACUUGGCCAAAACCAUUUCAAGGAAUAUCUGCGAGACGACUUGCAGUCAGUGGUCCUCGGAAAGUAGCUGCUAUUUUAAGUGAAAAUAAUAGGAAGAUUCGUUUACUCGAAACUGAAGCGGAACCUGAGGACGAAGAAGAUGAGGAGGAGGAAGAAGGACGUUUUGUAGAAAAUAUGAUGGAUACUACACCUGCUGCACAUUUUUCUGCAGAAACAAUAAAAACUGACGUACAAGAGUUCUACAAAGAAGAAAGCUGAAGUAGAAUAUAUUUAAGGGAAAUCGACGUCAAAAACAGCAUUAUCCAUUCCAAUGUUUUCGAUGCCUGAUGAAACACCCGGUGUAUUAUCUGGCGUAUAGCGUACUGGAGAAUUUUCUCUCGAUUCCUCCAGAUCUGUAAAAAAAAUGAAAGUUUAUCUUAUUUUUAAUAUGAAAGUGCAUCUUUUUUGUACCAUAACUUUUAUUAAAAAAUUACCAAAGAA